AUGGCAAUCACCACUACAGUUGGCAAUAGAUCACAAAGGGUUUCAAACUUUGAAAAUGAAGGAUUGGUUGAAUUGGGUCUUACAACACAAGGAAUCAUUUGUAAUGGGAACAUGAAAUCUUGGCAGUUCAAUCGUAAAUUCCUCACGCAUUCAAUAAUGUCACCAAACUUUUUAAAAGAUUUUGUGCAAGAAACACAAUCACUAUUUAACGAGAUGGGAAACUACUGGUCAAAUCUUGGCACCGACUUUCAAAUAGACCUUGCGCAAUGGAUGUAUCGUUUCACCACCGACACCAUGUUAAAAUCGACAACUGGAAAACCAUUCUACUCUGUCCUAUCAUACUAUAACACACUCGCACCAACCAAAAUAAAAGUUCCCGGUUUGAUGACAAUAGAACCUGAAGAAUUCUUGGCUUUGAUAACGAAUUGGUUGACGAUGGUUAUGUAUUUUCUUUUUUUCUCGAAUUUAAUUCGCCAUUACAUCCCGGGAUUCAGACAAUUCACGCAAAAACUUUUGGCAAAGAAUGAACAAUUGGAUGAGAAAGUAUUAACAAUUAUUGAAGAGAGGAGAAAAGAUAUUGAGAGUUCGUCUGAAACGCCUUUACAAAAUGACAUUCUGACAUCGUUAUUGAUUGCUAAUACUUCUCGAGAUACAAAUUCCUCUUCUAAUGAUGAAGCUUUGAAACCGCUUACGAAUAAUGAAAUUAGACAAAUAAUGUUGGAUGUUUUUAUUGCUGGCAUUGACACGGUAUUUCAAUUAAGUCGUGAAGAUGUAAUCGGCGGCUUAAAAUUCAAGCCUGGGACAAUGUUUUGCGCAAAUCAACAAGGAAUACAUCGAAGCACACAAUACUGGAAAGACCCCGAGAAAUUUAUCCCGGAGCGAUUUGUAAAAGGUAGCGAAUUCGAGGCAAAGAAUCUCGAGAAGAAUGCGUAUAAUCCGUUUGGUGGUGGUCUUCGUUUAUGUCCUGGUAGACAUGUCGCUAUGGCAGAAUUGAAGGUUUUGAUAGUGUUGUUGUUUGGUAAAUAUGAUGUCCAAUUGGCGAAUCCUAAGUCCCCGUUAAAGUAUUCUCUUGUGGCGCUUAAUCAAUGUAAUGAAUUGAAGGUUUUAAUUCGGCCAAAAACUAAUUAG